AUGGGUUCCCUCAGGACUCUGUUCCUGGGUGUGUAUGCCUCGAACGGCGUUAUAAGGACGUUGUUCCUGCCAUUAUGCUACCUCACACUAUUCAGCCCAUUCGCACUUGCUCUAGCCUGGUUCUUUGGCCUUGGUCAAAAAGUUCAGAACACUAUACCUGAAGAUUUCUCCUGGUUCGAUCUAUUGCCUGCCUUUGCGAUUUCAGCAGUUUUUGUGUUGCUACCUACGAGGCUACUGUCAAGUUCAGAAAAAGUAGUCAAAAGCCAAGAUGGGAAGAGACGGGUACAAUCGCUGCCAUACUGGAUCCCGGGUGUACGCCAUCUUUGGAGCAUUGCAUUUGGAGGCGAGGAGUGGUUAAACAGCGUCCGAGAUUCUGCAACAGCAAGUAUAGUGGCAUACAAAGCUGCUGGAACCAAACACAAUAUUCUGCUAUCAGAAUCUUUGCUUGAGCAGAUAUACAAGAACUCGCAAGGCCUGGAGCUACCAGACAGCAGCCAAUCUGCUAUUCUCCGAAACGCCUUCAACCUACCGGAAGCAAUGGAAAGCCAUUGCUUCGAGCUUCAAAGUGAAAUCAAUCAGAUCAUUGAAAAGGAACUGUACGAAGGUACGGCGAAGGAUGACUUGAUCAAGGCAUCGUUACGCACAUUGACCGAAUCGCUUCCGGACUUGGUUACAUUCAAUUCCUCUAUUGUCGACCAAAUGCAAUGGGAACGCGUCUCGAACGUGGAACUUACGGAUGGUACAUCGGAGGUCGAGUGCGACCUUUUCACACUCAUCAAUGAGUUUUGCUGCAAUGCUAUUUUACCCCCAAUUCUCGGAGCCCAGUUUAUCGAAUCCUAUCAACUACUCGCAACGGACCUGGCGACCUGCAACGGGCGAUUCUGGGCACUUGCUCUCGGAUUACCGCGAUUGGCACCUAUUCAAGGCUUGCCGGGAGCAGCUCUGGCAAGAAAGAGACUACUAAAGAAUUUCGCAAAUCUGUUUGUAGAGUUGACGAACCCGCCCACGAGGAGGGUACCAGACGAUGAUGAGAGCGUGAGCGGAGAAGAAGACACAGACGCCGAUAUAGUCACGCCUCUUAUGAAACUAAACGAGCUCUUUACUAAGCAUGAACUACCCGCGGAAUUACGGGCUUCGAUUGGGCUUCACCUAGUGCAUGGUAUUUACUCAGAAGUCAUGCCACUUGUAUUCUGGACGGUCCUACAUAUCUACGCGGCAUCCAAAGCGCAAGACGCGAAGGACUCAGCUCUUGAGGAUGUCAAAGCAGAAUCCAAGGCCUGGGCCCAAGCCAUACAGCCUCCAUCGAUACAUCCGUCCUUCCCAGCACCACCAGAGAUAUGCUUCGGCUCAAUCACAGAAGCGCUGACACCGACUUCUCUACCUAACCUUCGCUCAUGCAUUCAUGAAGCUCGACGUCUAUACACCUGCUCCAUCAGCACAUACAGAGUCCAGAGACCACUUCAUCUAAAAGAGGGCACCAUCAGUCGACCUGAUGGGGGGGAGGAAUGGGAAUUAGAAGCCGGGACGUACGUUGAUAUCGGUCUCUCUGGAUCUCUCAUAAAUUCGUCAACAGCAUUUCAUACUUCCCCACAAACCUUCAGACCCGAUCGUUUCUUCUUCGACACACCAGGUUCACCAUCUAUCGUCUCGCCUAUGGAUAAGUCUCAGUCUUACAAGACUGAUCUCAUCAUCUCCAUAGUAUCAGGCAUCAUCCAGCUAUGGGAAAUCACGCCUGCUCCAAAGAAGAGCUUCUUUGAUCACCUCCAAGAAGCAGGCAACGAAGCAUCGUUUGGAGCCGAGGCGCCUACUGCAGAGCAGAAAGCUGCUAAAGAGGAAGCGAAUAGGGAGAAAGAGGAUGCUAAGAGAAAAGAAGCCAAGUGGGUGCUUCCAAAAGCGGUUGACGGGGCGGAAAUAAAGGUCCCCAAAGGGGAUAUUCGGGUCAGAAUCAGAAGGAGGGAGGGUUUGCCUGUUAGCAAGGUUGUGCGGAGGAUUGGUUAG